ACAAAACGAGGCACAACAAGCACUGCACAAAGGGCGGAGUUGAUGACAUUGCGAUACUACACAACACUCUCACACAGUUUGACGAACUAUGAGAAAAUAACAUGAGAUUUAUUUAAACCAAGCGGUUGUGUUUCAUUUUAUAGAUAGAUCACGUGUUAAUUUUCGUCUCACUUUACUCUUUUAACGCAGUUAUUUUCCCUCGGAGGUCGGCGGUGUGAAUUUGGAGAACAUUCUUAAGAUGGACAGUGAAGUUUUUAAAAUCGAGGAAAAUGAUGGUGAGCCCUCCACUAGUAAACAGGGCGUGGAAAAAACACAACAGUUUUUGGAACCCAGUGAGAAACCUGAUGAUAAAGAGUCAAAACUCAUGCAGGAUAUGGGUUCAGGUUUAAAUCCAGAAGAGCUAGCUGAUGUUGCAGGCCAACCAGUCCUUGGGCAGGUUGAUAAUAAUGAGGUCCUGGAAAAGAAGGUGGCUGAGACACCUAGAGAAGCUAGAGAAGAGGAAAAUCCAACACAAAAAGGACAAAAAAAGAAACCCAAAAAUCCUUUUAUGCCUCAGAUUGCAGCAAAGAACAAAACAACACAGAAGAAAAAUGAAGACCAAAAUAUUGGAGCUGGCAGUGUUGUUGCAGAGACUAAAGACCACAAGAAGACCCUCAUGGAAUGGCUGGACGACUUUCGAUUAAGUGAAACUCAGAGAGAGGAUGAGGAGGAUCUUGAGGGCCUCAUGGAUUGGUGGAACACUGUGGAACAAUGGGAGGACAUGCCCAAAAAUGACAACAUGACUGAAAAAGAGGAAGCCAAGGCUUUUGCUGUAACCGCUGACAAGGUGCAAAAGGGCAUACGCGUGUUUAACAAACUUUUCUCAGAGCGAGCAGAAGGACUGUGGCAGCACGUGAUCGACCUGCACGCUAUUGCAGAUGGCCUGGACCGCUUCAAUAAGAAGACCAAAAUAGCCCAGAUCACCGGUGGCUCCACCAGCGCUGUGGGAGGUGUAGCUACCAUAACUGGCCUCAUCUUGGCUCCUUUUACCAUGGGAACCUCUCUGAUUGUCACUGCGGUGGGUCUGGGUGUUGCCAUGGCAGGUGGGCUUACCUCUGCAUCUGCUGGCAUAACCAGUACCGUCAACAACUCAUUGGAUCGCAAGAAGGUGGAACGCAUUGUGGGAGACUACCAGGCAAAGAUGGGUGACCUUAACAAAUGCAUGAAGUUCAUCAAGCAAGGCAUAACAAACCUGCGCAAGUUCAACCUGAAUAAGAUGAAGAAGCAUGCUUAUAAUCGAGACUUCCCAUGUUUUGACAAUGUCUAUGAGGACGGUGCCAUGGCAGGCAAAGCUAUUCUGACUAAUGCUAAUGAGAUUAUGCGUGUGAUGCAGAUAGCCAAUGUGGCAGGAACCACUGCGGCACGUGCUGUGCAGAUCGCUAGCAUAUCCACAGGUGUUCUGACGGGGCUUUUUGUUGGGAUGGACAUCUACUUUGUGGCCAAGGACUCCCAUGAGCUGAAAAAUGGUGCCAAGUCAGAAUUUGCUGCUAAAAUCAGAGAAGUGGCAGAACAGUUACAUGAGGGCUUGAUGGAGCUCAAUAUCAUUCGAGAUGAGCUGCGCAUGACCACCACUGUGAAAGAAGACCAAACAUCUUGACAAAUUUCUGUAUAAGUUCCUCUGGGUUUAUUACCACUGGGUUUUUUUACCCUGCCUUUUUCUACUCUCACAAGAUGGUGUAUAAAUGAUAUGGUUAUAUAACUAUAGUGGCUUCUCUUAUUAUAAAGCACAGUAAAUCUGUGGUCUUACCUUGUUUUUAAGGACUAUAUCCACUUCAUUUUAUUUUAAAGUGUAACUGCUGCUUUUAAAAGGAUUAAAGUCUAAGAUCUACAUUAAUCACCAGUAGGCUAAACACGCUAAUCACUGCCUUAUCUGUUUUCAAGCACUUUUCUGCCACUGAGAAUCUGAAUUGUACACAGCAGAUACUGUUGGAGACAUUUGUUUUGUUGUUGCUUCAGAAGUGUCAUACGGAUUUCAGAAUAAUUAUUAGCAAACCUUAAAUUAUUUUUAUUUGAUUUGUGAAGUUAGUAGGCUCCUAUAGCCCUCUAAGCACAUGUAAUAAUGCACUCCUGACAACAUGGUGUGGAUUUUGUAACUGCUGCUAAAACAUUUGUUUUUUAAACAUUUAUUAUGUUAUUGUACAUCUGCUAUUGCCAAAUGUGUCAUCGAUGCUCUUAUUUAUUUAUCUAUCCAUGUGCCUCUUUAUCUGUCUGUCUAUGUAUAUCUGUCUGUCUGUAAUGUAUUAUACCCAUAAUGUCACUGCAAGUUUGUGACAGUCUUUAGUACCUUUAAAAUGAAGGUAUUUUCACUUUUUAUUUUGUAUGUAAAAUAAAAAAUAAGAUAUUCUUUA